UGAACCGGUUCAACGUCUCUCGAGGAAACGGUUCGGGGUCGGGGAUAGUGAACCGGGUCCCGGUCCACAUGAUCCUCCAUCCAUCUUUCGUCCCUCCUGCAGUGGCGUCAGUGUCGCUCCAGAAAUCUUCUUGAUAGAGAGAGAGAGAGAGAAGCAAAAAUGCUGAGAAAGCUGCUGCUGCUUCAGACGUCCGCAGCUCGGCGAGCUCUCUCCAGCGCCUGCACUGCUUCUCCGUCUCUCCCUCUGUUGCCUCGCGGGUCCUCGCUCUUCUGUUCGUCGACCUCGGCUCAAGACCCGGGCGAUACUUUCGUCGAACACGUGGAGGACGACGACCCCACGAACGGUUCCGCUUCCCAUCCUUCUGCCGCGAUCUCCGUCGACCGCUCCGCUCUCUACAAUCCUCCCGAGCAUUCCCAUGAACCCGCUGCGGACUCUGAGCUGGUUAAGCACCUCAAGGGCAUCAUCAAGUUUCGUGGUGGGCCAAUUUCAGUUGCCGAGUACAUGGAGGAAGUUCUGACUAACCCAAAAGCUGGAUUCUACAUCAACCGUGAUGUUUUUGGUGCGGAAGGUGACUUUAUAACCUCUCCUGAAGUAAGUCAGAUGUUCGGUGAGAUGAUUGGCGUUUGGACCAUGUGCAUGUGGGAGCAAAUGGGACAACCAAGUAGAGUCAACCUUGUUGAGUUGGGUCCAGGACGAGGAACUCUCAUGGCCGACCUUCUUCGUGGUACAUCAAAGUUCAAACGGUUCACAGAGGCACUGCACAUACACAUGGUGGAGUGCAGUCCCACAUUGAGGAAACUCCAGCAUAGCAACUUGAAGUGUAUCGAGGAGGAAAAUGUAUCGCAAGAUGUUGUGCACAGAACUAUUAGCACUUUGGCGGGGACCCCAGUAACGUGGCAUGCUGCAUUGGAGCAGGUUCCAUCAGGAUUGCCAACAAUCAUCAUUGCACAUGAGUUUUAUGAUGCUUUGCCGAUACACCAGUUUCAGAGGGCCUCGCGUGGCUGGUCUGAGAAAAUGGUUGAUAUUCAGGAAGAUUCGUUGUUCCGCUUCGUUCUCUCUCCACUGCCCACUCCUGCAAAUCUGUAUCUGAUGAAACGUUUCCAGUGGGCUGCAGAUGAAGAGAUCGAAAAGCUUAACCAUAUCGAGAUUUGCCCCACAGCGAUGGACUUGACACAGACAAUUGCUAAGAGAAUAAGUUCCGAUGGAGGCGGGGCACUUAUAAUCGAUUAUGGUCUGAAUGGAGUGAUCUCGGAUAGUCUGCAGGCAAUUCGGAAACACAAGUUUGUCGAUAUACUGGAUGAUCCUGGCUCGGCUGACCUCAGUGCGUAUGUGGAUUUUGCUGCCGUCAAGCACUCCGCCGAGGAGGCAUCAGAAGAUGUUUUGGUUCAUGGUCCGAUCACGCAGUCUCAGUUCCUGGGCGCUCUUGGGAUAAACUUCAGAGUCGAAGCGUUGCUACAGAACUGUACCGACAAACAAGCGGAGUCUUUAAGGGCUGGAUACUGGCAACUGGUGGGCGAAGGGGAGGCGCCCUUCUGGGAAGGGCCCGAUGAACAGGUUCCGAUAGGGAUGGGCACUAGGUACUUGGUGAUGGCUAUUGUGAACAAGAAACAAGGAGUUCCCGUUCCAUUUUCUUAAAUUCUAGACUACAUGGAAUUCACUGGUUCUGAGUUAGAAACUGUACCGGCAAUUCUAGUCCUGAAAUUUUGACCCAUGUACCUACUUUGCAAUCUUGUCAUGGCUGAUUAUCUAUAUGCCUUUAAA